UGGGGCUUUUUAAAUUUUGAACUUUUUAUUUAACGAAACUGAUGACGAAACUGCUGACAGACAAUGUGCAAUUUGGUAUUCUCCCUGUGAUCUUAUCGGCAGUAUUCUUUUAGCUCAUCUUAAUGUCACAUAUUCGAAGACAGCUACAUGUAACUGCGCACUCACAGAAUCGUCUUUGAAAGUUGAGAGAGUUACUCAUAAUAUAAUAGUAGUUGUGCUGGACUUGAUACACAUAAUAAUUUUAAAUGACGUUUCUAAUUUUUCGGCGUUUCAGGACAAUCAUAUUUUCUGUUUCAAUGUUUUUAUGCUGUCUUAUAACAUACUAUAGAUAUAUGAUUAAAUAUCAAACAGAGACAAAAAUAUUCAAUUACUGUAGGGAGUCUGCUUGUAUAGACUGGGAGAACCACUCCUUUUCCUUUCAUGAAAGAAUGAGACAAGGGCCUGGAGAAAACGGUCUACCAGUUAGAUUAUCAAAUUCACAAAAAGCUUUGUCCAAAAAAACCCUUAACUUCAAUGGUUUCAAUAUAUUUGUAAGCGAAAAAAUCAAAACAGACAGGUCAGUAAAAGAUAUCCGAUAUCCAAAUUGCAAGGGAGCGUUAUACUCUAAACAACUUCCUCUUGUGUCUGUAAUUAUACCAGUUUACGAAGAACAUUGGGAAACACUUAUUCGCACUGUUGUAUCUGUUUUAAAUCGAUCACCAUUAGAGCUUAUAAAAGAAGUUAUUUUGGUUGAUGAUGGUAGCUCACGGCGGUAUUUAAAAGAGCGACUUGAUAAUUAUCUCUCAAGGACCUAUCCUGGUGGUCUUGUUUGGGUGAUUCACUUGAAGGAAAGAGAAGGACUUAUUCGAGCAAGAUUAUCAGGUGCAAAGUUAGCAACCGGUGAUGUGCUUAUAUUUUUGGACUCGCAUUGUGAAACUAAUGUGAAUUGGCUUCCACCUCUUCUAGAUCCAAUUUCUAAGAAUUAUCGCACAGUAACAUGCCCUUUUAUUGAUGUGAUUGAUGCUGACACCUUCGAAUACCGUGCUCAAGAUGAUGGCGCCCGUGGAGCGUUUGACUGGAGUUUUUACUACAAGCGUCUUCCAAGAUUAUCAACUGACAGUCUUCAUCCGGAAACACCUUUUGAAAGUCCAGUAAUGGCAGGUGGUUUGUUUGCUAUUAGUAGAAAAUGGUUUUGGGAACUGGGAGGUUAUGACCCUUUGCUUCAUAUCUGGGGUGGGGAACAGUACGAAUUGUCUUUCAAAAUUUGGAUGUGUGGUGGACGUUUAAUCGACGUUCCCUGUUCAAGGGUUGGACAUAUUUUUCGCGAAUAUCCAACAAAUUUUCCGCAACCAAAAAUAAAGAAUUUUUUAAGGAGAAAUUUCAAACGUGUCGCAGAAGUGUGGAUGGACGAAUAUAAAGAAUACAUAUACAGAAGUUUACCGGAAUGUAGAAAAGUGGACCCUGGUGAUUUAUCACAACAGCAUAAUCUCAGAAAACGGCUUCAAUGCAAGUCUUUUAAGUGGUUUAUGACAGAAGUAGCGUUUGAUUUGACGAAAGCUUACCCGCCUCCUGAAGAAGUCUUGUUUGCUACCGGAGAAAUACGUUCAGUUGCUUUUCCUUAUCUGUGCAUAGAUGCUACAAGAGCCGUCAAACGAUCACCGGUUAAAUUAAGUUUUUGCAGUGCAAUUAGCAAAGGGCAUAAUUACAUGCAGAAUUUCGAAUAUUCUUUUAAACAAGAUAUAAAGGCUGUGAAACGGUAAAUGUGAUAUUAUUAUCUGACCUUCGUUUUUUAAAAGUUACUUUGACUUCUUAAAAAUCAUUUUUAUUCUUGAUCGUCUAGCACUUUUAAAAUAUUUUUGUUAUCCUACCUAUUUAUUUAUAUAUUCAACAUUUAAAACAUACUUUUAAACCUAGUGAGAAUCCUUAACUAGGAGAGGUCAACCAUGUUGAUUGAGGAAGCUGCCAACCAACCCCAUUGGAAGAUGGUCGUAUAACAUUGAAAAUUGAUUGCAGUUAUGUACGUAAAUCAUUGGAUCUCAUCUUAGUGCUUAGAGAGACCUAAAGUUUUUGAGUUAGACCGUGGUAGACUAGAGGAUGAGUACUGCUGAAAAGUCUCUUAUCAGAACUAAAACGUUAUCCAGUAAUUCCUAGUUUUCGGUGGUUGUCUAACUAAGGUCAGUUCGUCAUGCAAACUACAAAAUAUUUUGAGUUGGUAAAUUAAGAGUGUUAAAUUAUUUUAAUAAGAUCUGCAUGACAUCCCAGAUUUCACAUAGUUUUUGCCCACUUUUGGAACAAACAUUAAAUUAUUUACUUCAUUUAGGUGCGUGGGAUUUUAGUGUUAAACCGAUGGGCCUUACUUCAGUUUACCAGUCAAUUCCACACUUUUUCAUUACUACAGUUUUAAAAAGUUCUGAAAGUGAGUGUUAAACUAAAUCCUACAAUGACUAACCAGGUUAUAAUUGAUAACCCAUCUCUAAAAAAACAUUUAUUAAUUUUCAAGUUGAAUUCACGAAUCCAUUUAGGCCAGACCACUAUUGAGAACCUGGAAGUACUGGACGGCUGUUUCAUCUUAGCAUUGCACUCCCCAGCAGUGCGCACCCACGAUCUUUCACGCUUCCAGGUUUUCAGCGGUGAUUUUGCGCAGAUCGAAUCGUGAAUUCAACUUGAAAAUACUAUAAUAUUUACAAAACUUCAUACUAUUUUAUUAAUUUAUUACUUUAAAAGUUAACACAAUAAUUGUUGAUAAGUAAAUAUUUUUACUUAUUUUUUCAAGAGAAAAAUACAUUUUGAACUUUUUGUUGAAUCUUCUUUGGUCGUAACUUAUUUGAAUUACGAUGAAUCAAGUUGAUUGUAAUUUUUAAUUAUGUGGGAUACACUGCUUUUAAUCUAGUUUUCUGUUGUUUAGUGAAUAAUAAAUGUGAGAAUACCAUGUAAUGCCUUUUGAUAAAGGGUUGGAAACUCUGUAAACUAUAACAUCACUUUAAUUCUAUAUUAAAAAUAAAUACGAUUCCAAGGUCCUAAUAUUGACCGUUCCAUGGAGGUCCUUGUUUCGAAUUGAUCUGUUUAUAAAGCGUCCAGCAUAUCAGAACUCUCAAUACAUUAGCUGAGAUUCAGUUAAAUGACGUGGUAUCUUUCGUCUUAUACUUCGAAAAUCAUGAUAAACCACGAAAUUUUGCAGUUGGCUGGCCUAAAAGCAGUCAACCGCAAUUUAUAUUCUGUAACACUCACCGACAGUAUAAUGGUACUUGGCCCAUACAGUCAGAAGCUUUGUUUACUGGUUUAUUGUUUCCUUAACUAUCUAGGAGAGCUAUAAAACUAAGUAGUGAUUUACAAUGAUUUUCGUCCGAUUGAAGUUAUUUUUUUGGUGUAUAAGACGUUUUGGAUCGAAAAUUUUUACCAAGAAAAUCUGUCUUAUUACAUAUACACAAAGUAACUUUCUGACUGUACAAUAAUUAAAGAUGUUUUAAGACAGUGAUUUUUCCCGGUAAAGGAGAGUUCGACUAAAUUUUUUGUCAGUGUAGGUCAGUAAGAAAGCCUUUUAUGGCAGUAGUCUUAGCAAAGUGAAGUAAGUUUAUCCUAUUUUCAUCAAUUAUUAUUUUUAAUGUCUCAUGAACAUCUACUUGAUCAUUACUAUCCGUCAUAUGAAUGAUGAUCAGAGUUCUAAAUAUUCAGAUACUCUUUAGGUAUGGGUUUUAGUAAAAAUCGUCAAAAAGCCUCGUGGAAACAUUUUCCAAGUUCUUCUAAUGUAGUUGCUUACAUAGGUACAUGCGAAGUCAUAAAUGCAACCGAAAUUGAUAACAGGGUAUUGAUUUCAGUUUUUGUGGUUUAUUAAAUAUUCUAUUUCAACUGAUUGAAAUAAAUAUUCGCAGAGAAAACUCUUUUCAGUACCACUCUAAUUUUUCCUCUAAUUUCAAACCUCAAUCUCUCUAGAAAGGAAGAUGGAUGAAGAAUCGUUUGUUGUCUCGUUUUAAACUUUCUUCUCGACUUCACUACUUAAGAUCAUUAUGUUUAGAUGUACCAGAUGCCAAACCUAACAAACCAGUACUAUUUUACCCAUGUCAUGGUCAAAAUGGAAACCAACACUGGCAUCUACAGUCGGCUUAUAGAAACAAUGAAAAUCCUGUUAUUAUAGCACAUUCGACUUCCGGUUUGUGUUUAGACUUAAAUCUGAGAGGUCUGUCAGUUUUUGUAAGACGGUGUAAUUCGAACUUGCGUACUCAAAGAUGGAAUUGGAGGGAUUUACGAUUAAAAACUAUUUUACCAAAUCUGUAAUAAGAGAUACAAUGUAGUAGUAAAUGAAAUUAACUUUUCCACCUAUGGACAUUUUUCUGUUUAUUUGUAAACUGUGAUAUUUAACUUAGUUUUAAUCAAAUGUUAUGAAAUAAAAGUCAUUGUUUUCCUUUCACAUUUACCUUCAUCGUCAUUGAUGUGGUGUACCAAGGGUAUGGGAAGAAUAUAAUCAUUGCUUUCAAGUGCUUUAAUUUUAGUAUGUUUAUAUCAUCUCUUGAGAUUUAUUUAACCUUCUGAAUAGAUUAUUUCACAUCAUACUACAAAAUGUUAUUGUCCCCGCAUUUCAUUUUAUGAAAAUUCUCUUUUCAUUGCUUUGUGCAUUUCAAACAUGACGUUUUCGCAUUAAAAUGUUAUUAUUAUUCUUGAUGAUCGUCACUUUCCAGUCUUGCUUACAAGCAGAAUUCUAUUAUGAAUUGUUAAUCUCAAUAGUUACUAAAAGAUGUUCAUUUCUGUCUGUUAUGCAAUGCUUUACUAUGUAGAUUACCUAAAACCCAACAUCCGUCAUCAAUAAAUUAAUUUAGCGUAAAAAUCAGAGUUGACCUCAAAGUUCUCUUCCUUGUCUGUUCUAUCCAAAAGGUAACUGGAUUGUUUCAAACAAGAAUCAACACAUAGGAAGCCAACCUGAAACGGAUAGUUUACAAGUUCUCAUGAAGGCCAUAAUACGGUUCCCUUUAUAACCGCCUUACAAUAUGGUUAAGCUGUCUUUGACUCUAAUUUAUGUAACACUAAUUUACAGUAAAAAUAAGGUAUGUAUAUCAUUGCGCUAAUCAAUAAAUAUAAAUUACCUCUUUG